AUGGGUGUUUUUGCUCAUUCUUUUGUUGUUGCUUUCAUGUGUGUUCUUUUUGCGGAUGGUAUUGCAAUUGCUGAUGAUCAUAAUGUCAAUAAAGUUGACAACCAUGUGUUUUAUAGUUCAUUUUUGCCUAACGCCAAGAUUGAAGGUAAAAGACUUAGAAGAUCUUUAACAACUGGAUCUGGACUGCCUGCCAUGCAUGCUUUACAUCGUGGUUUAGGGAUUGCUGCUGGUUUGGGGUCCCAUGUUGGUGGUGGGCAAGGUGGAUUAGGUGGUGGUGAAGGCCUAACAAGUGGAGUACAAGGCAGAUUAAAAAGUGGUGGUAAUCUUUGUGGAAGUGGUAGCAUUAGUGCUACUUUUCAAAAUAGUGGUGGAGCUAAUGUUGGAGGUGUAGAAAAAAGAGGAGUGCGAGGGCAACUUGGUGGAAGUGCCAACAAUGGCAUUACUAGUGCAACUGGUGCUGGAAGUGGAAAAAGAGUAGGUGGGCUUGAUGGAGGUGGUGUUGGAAGUGCUACUAUAAGUGCAAAUGGUGGAGGUGGUAACAUUGGUGCUACUAGUAGAAAUGGUAUUAAAGCUAGUUUUAGAGGUGAAGUAGGAAAAGGACGAGGAGCAAUUGAUGAAAAUAGUGUUAAAAGUGGCAACACUAGUAUUGGUGGUGGAGUUGGUGAUGGAGGUGGAGUAGGGGAAAGAGGUAUUGGCAGAGGAGGCAAUGAUGCUACUAUUGGUACAAAUGGUGAUGAAGUUGGAGCUAUUGGCAAAGAUGGAGGAAAAGGUUUUGAUAGAGGUGUAUGA